AUGCUCUUGUCUUGGGCAACCUCAGGUGUCCCUUUCUGGAGCCUGUCUGCAGGAGGCCUGAUUACGCUAAUCUGGGGGUGCGGUCUUGACCAGGUUCUGCUUUGGCUUGCGUAUGGCGCCUUCUAUCAACUGUGGUGGUCGCCCCUGCGCCGAUUUCCAGGCCCAUGGCUCUGGGCUGUCUCGCGCAUUCCUUCGCAACUCUCGGUAUUGAGUGGUCAUACUCACUUGGAUAUCACCGCGCUGCACUGCCGGUAUGGGCCGGUGGUGCGAAUUAGUCCCAAUGAGCUGGCGUUCAACACCGCCCAGGCAUUCCGGGAUAUCUAUGGCGCUCGUCCUGGAGGGUGCUUCCCCAAAGACCGCAGUCACUAUCUGCCGCCGGCAAAUGGCGUCGACCAUCUGGUCUGCGCGGUCGACAACGGUGUGCAUGCGCGACAGCGGCGGCUUUUGGCACAUGCCUUCUCAGAGCGAGCCCUGAGAGACCAGGAAAGCCUGAUCAGAGGCUAUGUUGACACGCUCAUCGCCAAGUUGCGAGCCGGGAUAGCUAAGAAGGGCUCACCGCGCAUCGACAUCAAAAACUGGAUGAACUACACCACGUUCGAUAUCACGGGUGACUUGAUGUUUGGCGAAUCCUUUGAUUGUCUCAAGGACAACCAGCUACAUCCGUGGAUCAAGCUGAUCUUUAGUUCCAUCAAGGCGCUUUCAAUAAACGGAGUCGUGCACCAAUUCCCUCCUCUUGGGGCUCUCUUGAAUGCCUUUAUCCCGCAGGAAGUCAAAAGAAAGGCCCAGGAACACUUCAAUUUGGCUGCCCAAAAGGUCGAUCGGCGGUUAGAGACAAACAUGGUCCGUCCGGACUUUAUGUCAGCGAUCUUGCAAAAUGGACUGAGCGAGGCCAAGGGUCAAUAUCGCGAAGGCGAGCGAAUCAUGAGCAGGGCGGAAAUUCAUUCCAAUGCAUUCAUCCUUAUUGUAGCUGGAAGUGAAACCGCCGCCACUCUCCUUUCUGGCUGCAUCUAUUACUUGUGUACAAAUAUCCACGCCAUGAGCCGUCUCGCCAACGAGGUUCGGUCUGCCUUUACACAAGACGCCGAUAUCACGUUCCGGACCGUCAACAAUUUGACCUAUUUGGCCGCCGUCAUCGAGGAGGCCCUUCGUAUGUAUCCGCCUUUUGUGACCAGUUUAGCGCGCAUUGUGCCCCAGGGUGGCGCAAUGGUGGAUGGCAAUUUUGUGCCAGAAGGAACAAUCGUGGCCUGCCACCACUAUGCAUCGUACCAUUCCCCAGCCAACUUCACCUUCCCACACGACUUCCUCCCAGAGCGAUGGCUGGGGUUUGACACCCGCUUUGAUCGAGACAAGAAAGACGUUCUACAGCCCUUCAGUCUCGGGCCGAGAAACUGUCUGGGGAAAACUCUGGCAUAUUGUGAGGUCCGCCUGAUCCUGUGCAAGCUGCUGUACAACUUCGACCUGGCGCUGUGUCCGGAAAGCACCAAUUGGACCGACCAAAAGGUCUACUUUCUUUGGGAUAAGCCGGCGCUGAUGGUGUCACUGCGAGACCGCUUCCCAGAACGCUGCAGACGAAGCGCCGAGUAG